GAUAGCGCACUCAAUUCACUGAGUUUAAUUGAAGAAUUAGGAUUGUCCUCUAAAUUUAUUCCUAUCAAAAUGAGCCAUCCCAGUGUUCAAAAUCGCUAUAUUUAUGCAGAUAACGCUAUACAUCUCGUUCCUAGUAGUUUAAAAGGAUUAUUGACAAAGAAUUCAUUAUUGAAUCGUCCACUAAGUAGUCUCAUAGUGAAUGAUUUUAAAGCUGAAAGAGUUUCUAAGGACGAUGAGAGUAUACACAGUUUCAUAGAGAGAAGAUUUGGCAAAGAUGUAGCUGAGAAACUAGCUGCUCCAGUAUUGUGUGGCAUUUCUGGCGGUGAUG